AUGACAGAAACCGUUGUACAUCAGAAUCCGACAGUUGUUACAGUUGCUUCGCCAGUACACACCCCAUGGAAAGUUCGUGCUCAAUCGGUGGUUUCCGAAAGUUUGUCUACUUCCCUGGAAAGGAAGCAUACAUCAAUUGGUGACUUUCCUGAUAGUGUAUCGAUCAGCUUGUUUCAAAACGAAUCACGACGAAUGUUAUUGAAUCAAAACGUAUCAUGCUCCGUAACUCAUGCUGAAAGAACAAACCCUUUUGGAAUUAGUGACAAUGCCAAAGAAGAAUUUGCUAGUUCUUCGGAUGAUUAUUUAUCGGAUAGAGCUGAAGUUAUAUAUAGUGAGAAUACUGCUCCAUCACAAGGAAUAUCUCCUGGUAUCAAAUGGAAAGCCCUGAAUAAUUCAGAUGAAGAAACAAGCGAUGGUUCUGACGAAGUUGACGGUGAUACGGACGAUGAGGGUAAUAAUGAUAAAGCUGAUGAAAUGUCGGACACGGAAACGAAAAACCUUCUAGAAGAUGCGAUUGAAGACGAGGAAGAAUCUGAUUUGGAAGAUAGUAAAACACUGAGUAGUGACUUAGGCCGGGUGUCGAAACCGAUUAAGGAUAAAACUUCCUCGGAAUCGUUAGCAGAUUCAUUGUAUGGAAUGUCUGAAGAACAAAGGGCUUACUAUACAAAGUGUUUUAUUCACCUAAUGAAAAGAACAGCUGGGUAUAUGGAUAUAAGCGGUGCUAUUUGUGGCGCAAACGAAUAUGUUGUUGAAUUUUUUAAGCGAAGUGGUUUAAAUCGUGAAAAACUAUCCAAAAUUUGGAGUUUAAGUGAUGUGAACGGAGACGGCUAUUUGGAUUUGAAUGAAUUCUCAGCGGCUAUGCACCUUAUUGUCCUGCAUAUCAAGGGUCACAUUCCAAUUCCAGAUGUUAUUCCAUUUGAAAUUAGUCCUCCGGUUAUGCCACGUCGAGAUGUCUUGCAACUGACUGCUGAUGAUAGUAAUAGCAGACAUGGGACAGAAGCACGAGCAGCUAAUAUCAUGCAGGAUUGGAAGCAGUUCGACUACGAUGACAUUGUAGCACCUGGACAUUGUUCGCAACAGCACCAUUCCUUCAGUGAUGAGCAUCUUCAUGUUCAACCAGAUAAUCAUGAUUCUCCAGAAAGAUUGAGUACUUUCUCGGAUGUCCCGCCACUUCUUGUCGAUGUGCGUCCAACAGCACUAAAAGCCUCGCAACCUUUAAUUUGUGCGAUUACGACCAAAACUGAAACUCCUUCUAAUAUGCAGUUUAAUGAUGCUGCAAAUUUUACAUUAAGCCCACAAGCACCCAAAGGACCUCCGCCGAAACCACCUCCAAGGCCUGCAAGUAAGGGACAUGGACGCAGUGCCAGCUUGGACUUGAAUAAUUUUCAAAAUUUCGCUUCAGCAACAUCCGGAUUAAAACUGAAUCUGGCAACAGAAACAUCACAGCGUGGUGCUACUCUUCCUGCUCAAGGAUCAUUGCGUCAUCCAUGCAGUUCUGUGCCUUCUGAUACCAUGUGUUUUUCAACAACAGAAUGGCACGAUCUCAGCUCUUCACUUCGCUCUCCUCCUGCUCCACCGUUGCCACCACGAUCAACAUUUGUCGAUGUCAGCGUACAAACGGAAGACAUUUUUCCAUCGCGAAGCUUUAAUGAUGGACGCGAACUAAUCGAACUCAAUAUUGAUAUGGAAAAACGUAUCGAGGAAUUAUUGGCAGAGGAAGGUAAUGCAAGUGCAAGUGAUAGUUGUAAUACUAGCACACGUGGUGGCACGGCGGCGAGUAUUGCAACGUCGACCGGGCAGGUGAAUUGGCAAGUUCGGUGUGAUCACUUGCGUUUAUUAAACAAUCAUUUGGAAACUGAGCGGGCUAAAUUAGCGCAGAUUAGGUUACAGCUUGAACUAAGGCUUCAGGAAGCAACUGGCAAUUAUCCAUCGAUGAAGCCAACUUCACUUUAA